AUGGAAUACGGAAUCAUGUCAAAUACGAACUGGCCAGGGCAAACCACAGACUAUUCGUCGCUUGAGAGCGGGGCUCGACAGCAAAGUUCGAUGCUUGAGGUCAAACCAAAGUACGCUGAGAACCGUCCAUCUACCAUCGAUGUAGCGAUUCCUAUAUCUACAGAAAACAAAUCUCCGAGGAACUGGCGAUUGUGGUGGCGGAGGUACUGGAUCUUUGUUUUGGCCAUGUCGAUCCUGGUCAUUGGAGGAAUCAUUGCUGGAGCCGUGGGGGGCAUUACCGCUGCUGAAAAGACGAACAAGAACAGGUCUGUUUGA